AGAGGCAGAUUCCUUUCUCAAUGGAAAAAAAUAUUGCUUUUAGCUUUUUAUUCCUCUUUUUAUGUGUAGGAUUUUCAGUCUCUGUGGAUCAAAUGUUUGUAAGAAUGGAUGGAAGUUCACAUGCAUUUUCAUACCAAGAGCUGCCCCAAAGAAAUGACCAACGUUACGAGGGUGGUGUGAAGCCAAAACGUAACUUAAAACAAGUAGCAAUUACACAGGUGGUCAGUUACAACUUGAGCAGAAAAGAACAAUCAGAAAGAGACUCUUGGAGGACAUGGCCACACAACCCUGUGAAUGUCACUGUUAAUGGAAGUCCCUGCAUUCUUUUCUGGGCAAGGAGGAUAAUGAUUAAAUUUAAAAAUCAUACACAGCUGGACUUGACAGAGAAGACAUUUGGCAUUCAUGCAACUGUGGAUGUUAGAGAUUCCAACUGCAGUGAAGACAGUGCAAUGCUUUCACUUAAGUUUGGUGACAUGGACAACCUCAAGGGGCUUGUUAUUAGAUUUUUAUUGAUAAACAGUUAUUACAAGCUGUCUGUUCAGAACUGGUUUAGUUUAUACAGAAUACAGCUGCUUUACAACCAUUCUGUGCAAGCAACAUUUAAUGCAACCAGAAUAUAUGCUCCAGCAAGUUAUUCCUAUCACUGUGAACAUGUGAGCAGCUUGCAGAGGUAUGAUGCACUCCUGAUGCCCAGCUCCGCAAACGAUGAGUCCAGGCUCUGGGAAGUCACUUUUAUCGAUUUCCAGAUUCAAGGCUUUAACAUUGAAGGAGGACAGUUUGCUUAUGCCAAAGAUUGUGCAUCCUUUUUUUCACCAGCAAUUCUGAUGGGCUUGAUUAUGUCACUGAUUUUGCUUCUAGUCCUGGCCUAUGCUCUCCAUAUGUUGAUCCACCUGAAGUCUCUUGAUAGGCAUUAUGAAAGCAAAGCCUCUCCUGCCUAUUUUGCACAAAUGAAAGACAGUGACAUGGCAGAUGAAAAAGAACCACUGAGAAGCAAUGGAAAUGAGUCCUAUGAACUUAGAAGUCAACAGUUCUGCAAAGUCUAUAUUUAGAAGAGAGUGUCUCAUUCAGGCUAUUGGUAUUUUCUUUCUGCUAUUCUGUCCUGUUUAGUUGUACAGUAGCUAAAAGUGUU